GGGAUGCAGACGGUAAAGCAACCAUUCUGUCUCGAGCUCUCCCAGCAUCAGCACCACACGGUUACACGCGCUCUCAGACUGGUUCCAAAGCGGAGAAGAGUGUCGGUGUCAAACCUGCAAGGCUAAAUCGAUCCGUUCUACAACACAAGGCAACAGGUUUUUCUCGAACUCUAGGACAUAAGGGCUGAAUUGUCUUUCAAAUUCAGCGUCGAAAGGGAAGUUGGAAGGCAAUUACUGGUGUGAGAACAAUCCACAGCUGUUUCUGUUUCAUUUGGACAGUCAUGGACGCGCUAAUGAAGGGGUUCUCAAAAGCCAAGGAUGGGGUCGCGGCAGCGGCAGAGAAGACCAAGCAGGGCGUGACUGGGGCGGCAGAGAUGACAAAAGGUGGUGUUAUCUUUGUCGGCAACAAAACAAAAGAUGGAGUCACAACAGUUGCAGGUAAAACGGUGUCUGGGGUGUCCCAGGUGGGCGGUGCCAUGGUGACAGGUGUCACAGCAGUGUGCAACAAGACUGUGGAGGGGGCGGGGAAUAUCGCUGCUGCGACCGGAUUGGUCAAGAAAGACCCAGCCAAACAGGAUGAAGAUGCUAUGUCUAAAGACUUGCCCAUCAACGAGUCUCCAGCGGACCCAGAGGACGAUGAUGCUGCAGAGAAGGGUGAGGGUCCCAUGACUUCACAGUAAUGUUUUUGGGUUUCAUCCACCAUCAUCACCCUCCGUCUAUGGAGGAUUCCGAUGGCUAUUAGAGUACACUGCAUUAUCUCACAACGAGCAUUAUCCAGAACUACUGUAACCAUCCAGAAUCAAUGAUUAAAACAUUCCAUGUCGCACUGCCAAGUCCCGUCGUGCCUCGUUGUGGUCCUCAAUGGAGUCUGUGCUGUGUGUGUGUGUGUGUGUGUGUGACGAUAUGUAUGUAUGUAUAGCCUACGUCAGUGUGUGUGAGAGUGUGUAUGUUUGUUUCUGUACGUCAGUGAGUGUGUGUACUUCAGUGUGUGUGUGUUCUGGUGUCUUCGGCAGUCAGUCCUGAGGGCGGUCUAUAUGCCCUUCUGGUCCAGCUGUCAAGUUCAGUGAAAAGCUGUUAGUGAAUACCGUAUACAGUAUACUCUGUUAAUAGUGAAUACUGUACACCACUCUGUUAAUAGUGAAUACUGUAUACAGUAUACUCUGUUAAUAGUGAAUACUGUACACCACUCUGUUAAUAGUGAAUACUGUAUACAGUAUACUCUGCUAAUAGUGAAUACUGUAUACAGUACACUCUGCUAAUAGUGAAUACUGUAUACAGUACACUCUGUUAAUAGUGAAUACUGUACACCACUCUGUUAAUAGUGAAUACUGUAUACAGUAUACUCUGCUAAUAGUGAAUACUGUAUACAGUAUACUCUGCUAAUGGUGACUACUGUAUACACCAUACUGUUAAUAGUGCAUACUGUAUACAGUACACUCUACUAAUAAUGAAGUCUAUAUACACCACUCUGUUAAUAGGGAAUUCUGUAUACAGUAUACUCUGUUAAUAGUGAAUACUGUAUACACCACUCUGUUAAUAGUGAAUACUGUAUACAGUAUACUCUGCUAAUAGUGAAUACUGUAUACAGUAUACUCUGCUAAUAAUGAAUACUGUAUACAAUAUACUCUGCUAAUAGUGAAUACUGUAUACAAUAUACUCUGCUAAUAGUGAAUACUGUAUACAAUAUACUCUGCUAAUAGUGAAUACUGUAUAAACCACUCUGCUAAUAGUGAAUACUGUAUAUGCCACUCUGCUAAUAGUGAAUACUGUAUACACCACUCUGUUAGUGAAUAGUGAAUACUGUAUACACCACUCUGUUAGUGAAUACUGUAUACACCACACUGCUAAUAGUGAAUACUGUAUACACCACUCUGUUAGUGAAUACUGUAUACACCACACUGCUAAUAGUGAAUACUGUAUACACCACUCUGUUAGUGAAUACUGUAUACACCACACUGCUAAUAGUGAAUACUGUAUACACCACUCUGUUAGUGAAUACUGUAUACACCACUCUGCUAAUAGUGAAUACUGUUUACACCACUCUGUUAAUAGUGAAUACUGUAUACACCACUCUGUUAGUGAAUACUGUAUACACCACUCUGCUAAUAGUGAAUACUGUAUACACCACUCUGUUAGUGAAUACUGUAUACACCACUCUGCUAAUAGUGAAUACUGUAUACACCACUCUGUUAAUAGUGAAUACUGUAUACACCACUCUGUUAGUGAAUACUGUAUACACCACUCUGCUGAUAGUGAAUACUGUAUAGUGAUCAAUCGCUGACAGUCCUGCACAGAUUAUCACUAUAUGCGAAGUGCUCUGUAUUACAGUUUAUGAAAAAGCACCUAAGUAUCCAUAUAAUGAUAUAACGACUAUAUGAAUUUGAAAUGAAGUAUACUAUACUGUAUUUUUGUGUGUAAAUCGUCACAGUUGUUUGUAGUGGACUACAGUGCUAUAUGAGGUAUUUAUGGAUUCAUAUACUGUAUGUUAUGUUCUGUGAACGCUCUAAAAGACUCUGGGUUGAGGUCAGUGAUAAAGAUAAAAUAUUGGAUGGAGUUUGAAACAAACACAAGCAUGGAACCAAACAAUUCAACUAACUGUAACAUGGAGUUUAGUUACAUUUGUUAAAUGUUGAAUAAAGUAUAAAUAAAACAAGAUUAUGUAUUUA